AUGGCAUCAUCAAGUUUAAAAAAGACCACAAAAGAGAAUAUAAAGAUACUUUCCAAUCUCAGAUUAGCCAAUGGAGCUAUCUUAGCAUCAACAUUAUUCCUUAAUUGGCUUUUCAAUGGCUCAAUCUUCUGGUUUAUCUUCUUCAACAUACCUAACGUUACCUGUCAUUUUUUACUUGAAAAAUUCGGAUCACCCAAAUUCAAGGUUGAUCCUAUUGACGGCUAUAAAAAGAUUGUUAAUUCCGGAGAGAACUUGAAUCAAUCAGGAUUAAUUGAAUACUUAUUUGAUGUUAUAUAUUUCAAUUUGUUUUUGGAUGUGUUGCUGGUAGUUACUAAAAGAGCAUGGUAUGGAUGGAUCAUCAUUCCUUUAUUUGUGGGAUAUAAAUUAUCAGGUUUCAUACUUCCUUUCUUGCCUAAAUUUUCAGGUAAUAAGCAACCAAAAGAGCCUGUCCAACCACCAAAAGAACAGAAAAAGAAAGAAAAAAGAAAGAUCAUCAGAUAA